AAAAAAAGGGUUUAUAUUAAAUUACCCGCUACACCUCAACAGGUUGAGGGAACUUCAUUUAAACGAGAAAUCAUCCUGCGUGAUAUGGGUUAAUCGUCUCUAUGGAAACUGUUUGUCAGAGCGUGAGAAAAAUUACGAGCCGAGACAGUAAAAACUCCCCCCAGUUAGUCCACUGAUUUAACCUAGUUAACAGUUUCGGACUUUUAUCUCUUAUAAAUUAUUAAAUCGAUGUAGAAACAAGGAAAACUAACUGAAAAUGUCGAACGAGGGAAGUGGAUCGCAAUCGGAAGAUUCCUCGAACAGUUCGUCCAGUCAAGUAUCCAGUUUUCACGAUGGGGUGGAUUUGACGCUGUUCGGUAGUUCGGAAGCGACUUUUGCACGUAGUGGUACCGUGGUACGUAGAGGAACCGCGCCGUUUAGGAAAGAUCGGGUCGAGUCAACUAGUAGUACUGAAGAUGAUGAAUGUACGCCGGCUGAAAAAUACCGAAGGGAACCCCAAUACCGACACAGUUUGGCAGCAAUAUCGGAAAGACGGAGUGCAAGGAAUUCGCUAUCGAACGAAUCCGGGAAAACUUACAGAGCUUGCCAGUCGAUGGAGGCCACCUCGGAACUUUCGGAAUAUUUGAAGCGAACUCUGGAACGAAAAAUGACACGCAACGUUUCGCCCGCCAGUUCGAGCUACCUAAGCUGGAUCGAGAGUGUCAAUAGUGAACAUUUUAGUAGCGCUAUAUCCUCGGAAUCUGGUCAAGACGCCGACAGUAAAGUGGGAGAGUGGAAUAACUUUUGGUUAAAUUACAGCACGGCCCGUCUAAGGCAUUUAUCGACUGAAGAAACUUUUGGUUCGGAAAUACGUUCGGAUCCAGAAGAGAAUUCGGACGAUCAUAAGAGCGAUGACAGUAAUCCAAAAGAUUCGACCGAUAAGAACUCUUUGGAAUGUGUAACGUUAACAAUAGAGGAGAUGCAAGAAACUAUAAGAUGUUCGCAAAGGAUAACAGAAAUCUUACAAACGGCACUGAGGAGGUCAGAUACGGAGGAGGGUUCGAAUGAAUCGUACUAUUCCCAACAGCACUCAAAUAAAAAUUCCGCGCCAUCAGACGAAGUACCAGCGAUCACGAUCCUAAACAAUCGGGAACGUUCUAUAUCCUGUGUCGAAACGCAACGUCAAAAAAUGAUGCUUAAACCAGCCGUACAACAGCAGUCUUCUAGUACUAGUUGCAUAGAUGCUAUUUUAAAUAAUAGCGUCACUGAUAUCUUUAGGAAAGUUAUUGCCAGAAGAAGAGAAGUCACUUCGUCUGAGACCGAUAAUCGGUCUGUAUCUAGGAGUAGUUUUUCGGAAUGGAGUGGACGAUAGAGUUAGAACUGUGUGAACAUUUAGAGAUGUUUAAUGUGCUCGAUUUUUAAUUAUAAUAUGGUGUAACUUUUGUGAGACAAAAAUAUUACUUGAAUAAGCAAUGUACAAUUCAUAUGCAUAACUUAAAUGUAUAUGAUACAGUUGUCGAUUAUGUUAUAAUUAAGAGUUUUAAAUACGGUAAGACAAAUAAAAAUAUUUAUAAUUUUUUUUUUAAAUAUUAAAUGACUGAUCGUUGCCUCCUGAGUUUGUAUUAAGUUUUAUACUAUAUUAAAUUAUG